CCAACACACACACAAUCUCCCAGAGCAGACACCGGCUAGCUACUAGCAGCAGCUGUCAAAUCCUGAGCUGUCUAACAGGAUGGCGGAGGGUCUUUCGUACACUAUAGUGGAGUAUUUCGGGGGGGACGAUGGCUACCGCUGUGGCUAUUGUAAAAACGAGAAGGGCAACUUCUCCCACGGGAUGUGGUCCCACACAAUGACUGUGCAAGAUUACCAGGACCUCAUAGACCGAGGAUGGAGAAGAAGUGGGAAGUACGUUUACAAGCCAACAAUGAAGAAGACGUGCUGUCCACAAUACACCAUCAGAUGCCACGCGUUGAACUUCCAGCCUGCCAAAUCCCACAAGAAGACCCUGAAGAAGAUGAGCAAGUUCCUGUCCAAAGGGGAGCUCCCGGCCGGAGGCCCAGAUGAAGAGCCUAUGGACUCCCUCUGUGAGGAAGCGGGCCUGAAGAGGACCGCCAAGGCCUGCCCCACCCAGGUGGAGGUGGCAGCCGUCCCAGAACCUCAGCCAGAGGGGGUGGUGGCGGCAAGUGCACCAGCGGCCCCGGAGAAAUCCGGACAAGGCGGCCCGCCAACUGUCCAAGACGGUCCUCCGACUGUCCAAGACGCUGGACUGCCAAGUUCAACUCACAAACCAGGGAAGGGGGCGGACCCAGCGCGGCCGCCCUGCCGGAAGGCCAAGGACCUCCGGAAGGAGCGCCGCCUGCAGAAGGAGCAGAUCAAACGGGCCGUGGGGGGCGACUCUGGCGCCUCGCCCGCCACACCCACCACCCCCACCCCCACCGAGGCCCCGCCCGGCCACGCCCCCCAGCCCAAACCCCUGGAGGCGUUCAUUCACGAGUCGCUACCCGACACCGCCCUCCAUCGCCUUGAGGUGAGGCUAGUGGCGGUCAGCUUUGACGACCCCACGUUCGCGGCGACCUUUGAGCAGUCCGCGGCGCUGUACGCCCGCUACCAGACGGCGGUGCACGGCGACGCCGCCAGCGAGUGUGAUGAGAGCGAGUUCCGGAGAUUCCUCUGUGAUUCGCCCUUGGAGGCGGAGUCGCCCCCCGAUGGACCAGAGAUGGGCUACGGCUCCUUCCACCAGCAGUACUGGCUGGGCGACCGCAUGGUGGCGGUGGGCGUGGUGGACAUCCUGCCCACCUGCGUCUCCUCCGUCUACCUGUACUACCACCCCGAGUUUGCCUCCCUCUCCCUGGGCUCCUACUCUGCACUCAGGGAGAUCGCCUUCACCCGGCAGCUGCAGAAACAGUCCCCAAAGCUGGCCUACUACUACCUGGGUUUCUACAUCCACUCCUGCCCCAAGAUGCGCUACAAGGGAAAGUACCUGCCUGCUGACCUGCUGUGCCCGGAGACCUUCUUCUGGGUGCCCAUCGAGCGCUGCACCGCCCGCCUGGAGAACGCCCGCUACGUCCGCUUCAACCAGGACCCCGACGCAGUCGACGCGCGGGCCUUUAAGGACCUUUCCCGGGUCAUGGUUCUGUACAAGCGGACCGUCAUGCCCUACGCCGCCUACUGCCGCAAGCGUCGGGGCCCCAGCGACCAGGAGCAGGUGGAGCAGUACGCCGCCCUGCUGGGCCAGACCUGCGCCGAGAGCAUCCUCAUGUACCGGGAUAUCAGGGGCCCCUAGGACCCGAGGGCCCUUAGGCCCCAGACACCCGGAGCAGGCAGAGCAUCCUAUGUACUGGGCCUGGGGGCCCCUCGGACCUGGGGGCCCCUCGGACCUCGGCUUAGACACUCACCCACCCACAUAGGAGAGAAACCCACCUGCCAGCAAUAAGUCUGUCUGAUCCAAAUCAGCCUUUCAGUCCGUCUGUCUGUCAGCCUAUCGGUCUAUAGGUCUCUCUGUGUACUCCAACUCAGCCUUUCAGUCUGUGUGUCUGCCCGCCUAACAGUCAAUAGGUCUGUCUGUCUGAUCCAACUCAGCCUUUCAGUCUGUCCGUCCUUCUGCUCUGAAUUUCUCUCGGCCUAUCAGUGUCUCUAUAAUGUCCGUCUGUCUGAUCUGAAUGUCUUUCAGCCUUUCAGUCUGUCUAUCAGUCUGUCGGUCUUCUCUCUCGCUCUAUGCUGCUUCUCCCUGUAGUCUCACUGCUUCAUAACUCCAGUUAGCUUCCCAUCCUGUGUGGUUGUGUGUGUGUGUGUGUGUGUGUGUGUGUACUGUUAACAUGUCUAGUAUAUUCAUGUAUGGAUGUAUUUGUGUGUAUCCACGUACCUGCUGGCCUGCCUGAUCAAUAUAUCAGCAUCUUAAUCACCACUAUAAGUACUCACUCAUUACUACACUCAUCACAACACAAGGACCGGCCAACGGGUCAGUGGACUGUGUCUACGUUCAUCUCCAUGGAAGGUCUAGAACUCCAGUGAGUAGGAGGUCGCUGAUCUCAAGAGACGGCCUCCAAGUCUUUCUUAAAACUACGUCCUGGUUCUGAGGACAAGAACCACGUCUGUGGGAGGAGAACCACGUCUGUGGGAGGAGAACCACGUCUGUGGGAGGAGAACCACGCCUGUGGAAGGAGAACCGCGUCCGACGUCCAUGAGUGAACUCUUUCUCCCCACUUCCUGUGUCGAUGUUUUAAACCACGACCGCUUUCCCUUCUUUUACUCCGACAUCGACACUUAUUUUGUUUUAUCCUCUUUUUCGUUUUGUCAAUAAAGGGAUUAUAUAAUCAUUCUCCAAUG